AUGGAUGCGGAACUUGGUCAUUGGGUGGUACUGGGUAUGUAUGUGGGUCCUCCAACAACGGUGAGAAACUCAGUUAUUGGGUGGUACUGGGUACGUGGGUGGGUCUUCCAACAACAACAGUGUUGGUAAUUUUUACCUCAGAGACCUAAGAAGAAAGAAUAUCGGAAGUCCAGUCAUGAUGUUGAGAUUGGAAUAAAGAAUAGAAUUGCUAUAGAAUGGUGAGAAGUUGAAUGGAUGUAAGUUUUCUUUUUUGCUUGAUGAUAUCGCAGAUACACUGAACUUUUUCAAUCCUAUAAUCAGUCUUACCUCAAAUCCCAGAGAAUCAUGGCUGCGCCAAACCCGCAAAAUUCGACGGGGCCUAGAUUUUGCGAACACCCUUCAGGGAGGUUUGUAGUAUCAUGGACCGAAAAGGACAAAGAGCUUUUGAAAGCCGUGCUCAGUCAUUUUUGGGUAAAACUUUGGACACCAUUGCUCUGGGAAGAACCCCAGCAACCCACAUCUGACCUCAUGGUGGGUGAGGCCAAUAUGUCUCGGUUGAAACAAGUAGCUGAAUAUUACAAUGAUCAUAUCACAGAGUACGAGCUGUAUGUCAAAGCCCAACUUAUACUUGUUACAGAGCAGGAUGUUCGGGCGAUAAUAGAGCACGUCUCUAAGAAUCCUAAUUUGGGAAAGAAUCACUGGAUAUCUCUUCCUGACGGGAGUAUUCCUGUUGGGACUACGCCGAGUGUGGCAGAACUACGCCAACUUAUGAUGCCCAUUGAAGAUGCAAAAAGUGCAAAGUUAGCGGCGGAAGGGUAA